CUGUUGAUAUUCUCGCACCGAAGCUGUAAUUUCGGCUCUGCGGAGAGAAGCGGCAAAGCGUGACCUUGGCCUAUCCAGUCGAGAAGCAGAAUUGUAGUCUAGUUAAUUGCCGCCUUUCCCCAGAUUUCCUUUAAUUUUGCUCGAGUCUUCGCUUGUGUCUGAUCUCCACCCACGCCCUUUCUCCUGGAGGUGAGUCUCAGACUCAAACCCGAGGGAGAGCUCGGAGACCAUGUCUGCAGAACUCUUCUCAUUCACAAGAGAGGCAGGAAGCCCUGGCUCAGGACCUAGUUUUAGGUCCAGUCAGAGGAAGAUAUUAAAUCUGCUCCUGGAGAGAGACACUUCCUUUACCGUCUGUCCAGAUCUCCCUAGGACUCCAGUGGACAAACUCUUUGGUGAUUCUGCAAACCUAAGCAUUUUGUCUGGAGAAACUCCAAAACGUUGCCUUGAUCUUUCGAAUCUUAGCAGUGGGGAGAUGUCUGCCAUUCAGCUUACCACUUCUGCAGACUGUGAUGAAACUGGUCACUUGAAAUCUUCAGGACCUCAGGAAAUACAAUUAGCUGGGAUGAAUCAUCACCAGCACCUUAUAAAAUGCAGUCCAGCUCAGCUGCUUUGUAGUACUCCGAAUGCUUUGGACCAUGGCAAAAGGAAGAAAGAUGCAAUAUGUGGCUCAUCUACAAAUAAAGAAAAUGAAAACAGUACUUUGCAGCCCUUGGAGUGGUGGGCACCCAGGAACCUGAAGUUUCAAGAGAGACCAGGGGUGCCUUAUAUGUCUCCCCUUUGUCUACUGGACAAUGGAAACUUGGUGGAAAGUGAAAUGAAAUAUCUGGGCAGCCCCAUUACUAGAGUUCCAAAACUGGAUAAAAAUCCAGAACUAGGAGAAGACCAGACAGGGGAGAUUUCAGAUGAAUUGAUGGAGUUUUCCCUGGACAGUCAAGAAGAGGCCAAGGCAUCUCUGAACAGAAGCUGUCUGUAUCGCUCCCCUUCAUUGCCAGGGAAUUUGAACAGGCCACGACUGAAGCAGGUGAUAAAAUUCAAGGACAACCCAAUACCAGAUAAAGUAAAGGAGAAGUAUUGUUCUAGCCACAAAGAGCUCAGGAAGGGCUUAGGUCUAAAGAAGAUGGUCUCUCUCUGUGACAUUAAUAUCACUCAGAUGCUGGAGGAAGAUUCUAACCAGGGGCAUCUGAUUGGUGAUUUCUCCAAGGUAUGUGCGCUGCCAACCGUGUCAGGGAGACACCAAGAUCUGAAGUACGUCAACCCAGAAACAGUGGCUGCCUUACUGUCGGGGAAGUUCCAGGGUCUGAUUGAGAAGUUUUAUAUCAUCGAUUGCCGCUAUCCAUAUGAGUACCUGGGAGGACACAUCCAGGGAGCCUUAAACUUGUACAGUCAGGAAGAACUGUAUAACUUUUUUCUGAAGAAGCCCAUUGUCCCUUUGGACACCCAGAAAAGAAUAAUCAUCGUGUUCCACUGUGAAUUCUCCUCAGAGAGGGGUCCCCGAAUGUGCCGCUCUCUGAGGGAAGAAGACAGGGCUCUGAACCAGUAUCCUGCAUUGUACUACCCAGAGCUAUAUAUCCUCAAAGGGGGCUACAGAGACUUCUUUCCAGAUUAUAUGGAGCUGUGCGAACCACAGAGCUACUGCCCUAUGCAUCACCAGGACCAUAAGGCUGAGCUGCUGAGGUGUCAGAGCCAGAGCAAAGCAUGGGAAGGGGAGCGGCAGCUGCAGGAGCAGAUUGCCUUACUGGUGAAGGAUGUGAGCCCAUGAUAAUGGAUCAGUUGCUGGCUGCCUAGGAGUCACCAAAAGACACUGUAGAAACUCUGAGCAGAAAGAGGCCAUCUUCUAUGUGUUAACCCAAGAUCGUUAAAAGAUGUCUGCAAAUCAACAGGCUGCCAAACUAAUGAAAUCCCAGGCCUGGCGAUUGGUUAGAGUUCAGUAAAGCUGCUGGCUCGUGGUUAAGUCCUAGAGCUGGCUCUGUAAGGCUGUAGCAUGGGGUUGCAUAGAUAGUUGUGUUGCUUCAGGAAGUGGUUGCAUUCUCUUCCCAACUACUUGUGUCUUCUCACAAGCCAGCCAGCUCUUUCUCUCCCUGGGCUUCUGGCUAUGCAAAAGAGUUGCCCACCCUCUUUCUCUGUAUUUUCCUGCUUUGUUUCCCUCUCUUUCUUUUUCUUAAAUGGGAAAAUAAACAUUGCAGAAUGAGA